UAGAGCAAGAGCUCGCAUUCCACCGCAACUUCUGCAUUUAUUUCUUUCUACCGAUUCAUUCAUCUGCAUUUACUCAUCCUCUUCAGCUAAGCAACAAUUACUCUUCAAUUUACCAUCCUCAACUAGAAUCACUGUAGCAACGGCCCAUGACAACGAACGCACAUGAGAUUUUUCAGCUAAAUUAUGUUAUUUUAUUUGAUUUCCAUAUGUUCCGAUCGUCUAUUUAAUUUAUUGUAUUGUGCAUCUCAGUAUUUUAUGUUUGUAUAUAUGCGUGCAUUUGGGGAUUGCAGCAAUUUUUUAUUUUGUUAUCUCCUCGGAUUUUCGGGUUGGAUUUCUGAAUUUUAGAAACGGUGACGAAACACUGCUGCUGAGGAUAUUUCCAUUCAUUUUCCUUUUUUCACAAUUUCUCCCCAUCUAGCUUAAGUACACUUUUGGAUUUUGAGAGAGAAAUUGAAAGCCAUUUACUCCUGUAAUAAUGAGGAAUUUGGGCUUCUUGUUCAUGCUGUUGUUGAAUGGAGCAGCUGCUUCUUUGUACCUUAGUUUUCCCAGUAAAGGAAAAACUAUCGUUAAUCCAGGUAUUGUUUCAAUAGGCAGCAUGAAUGUCAUGGCUUUGACGACGAAAAGAAGGAAGGUCGAGCAGCAAGGCAUAGAUCAUCCUAGCAAAGUGGCAGACGUUGAGGGCAGUUCUCAUUUGGAAGACUACUGCCCUAUCGAUCCAAUUCCAAGCUCAACAACUUCCAUAAGGCAUGGUCCCAUCCAGCACGGCACUCCUCUGAUGCCUUACAUUCCCGAGCCUUCCCCUCCUCCCAGUGAAACGAAGCAUGAAAAUCAUAAGUCACACCUAUAUGCAGCCUGCAGGGGUGGGCGAAAAAACCAAAUUUUAUGAGAUUUCGAAAAGACAACAUUAUCAAUCAUAGUCGCAUCGCAUGGGUGGUGGACGAAGGCUAAAUUUUCAAAAAUAAAAUUCUUAUUAGCUAAUUGACCUGAUGAUUUGGAGAUAAAAUGAGUUACCUGGUGGGUGUUUUAAACCCCCUAGUCUCCAUAAAUGUAUGGAAA